GGAGCCGGAAGUAGCCCCAGCACUUCCGGUACGGGAAACUACCAGCUGCCGCCCCGACCCGGCUUGACAGGCGCGGUCCCUGCGAGUAGCUCUCUCUCCCUUCGCCUUCCUCGCUCGCCUCUAACCUUCAAAUUCGCUUGCCGCUGCCGUCCCGCAACUGCUGUCUCCGAAGUUGCCCCUUCCCCAUGUGCCGGGGCAGGAGUCCUGAAAGCGAAGACCCUCCCGCCGGUGCCCCAUCAUGUCCGAACUGACUAAAGAGCUGAUGGAGCUGGUGUGGGGCACCAAGAGCAGCCCCGGUCUCUCUGAUACCAUCUUCUGCCGCUGGACGCAAGGGUUUGUGUUUAGUGAAUCAGAGGGAUCUGCAUUAGAACAGUUUGAAGGUGGCCCCUGUGCUGUUAUUGCACCUGUGCAGGCAUUUCUUUUGAAGAAGCUCCUGUUUUCUUCUGAGAAGUCAUCUUGGCGGGAUUGUCCAGAGGAAGAGCAGAAGGAACUCCUUUGUCAUACCUUAUGUGAUAUUUUAGAAAGUGCUUGUUGUGACAACUCUGGAUCAUACUGCUUGGUUUCAUGGUUAAGAGGAAAGACAACUGAGGAAACUGCUAGUAUUUCUGGGAGUCCUGCAGAGUCUAGUUGCCAAGUGGAACAUUCUUCUGCCUUGGCUGUCGAAGAGCUUGGCUUUGAGCGAUUUCAUGCAUUAAUUCAAAAAAGAUCAUUCAGAAGUUUAUCAGAAUUAAAAGAUGCUGUCCUGGACCAGUAUGCAAUGUGGGGAAACAAAUUUGGAGUAUUGCUUUUUCUGUAUUCUGUGUUACUGACAAAGGGCAUUGAAAACAUAAAAAAUGAAAUUGAAGAUGCAAGUGAACCUUUGAUAGAUCCUGUGUAUGGACAUGGCAGCCAAAGUUUAAUUAACCUCCUACUGACGGGACAUGCUGUUUCUAAUGUGUGGGAUGGUGAUAGAGAAUGCUCAGGAAUGAAACUUCUUGGUAUACAUGAACAAGCAGCUGUAGGAUUCUUAACAUUAAUGGAAGCUUUAAGAUACUGUAAGGUUGGUUCUUACUUGAAAUCUCCAAAAUUCCCUAUUUGGAUUGUUGGCAGUGAAACUCACCUCACCGUGUUUUUUGCCAAGGAUAUGGCUUUAGUUGCCCCUGAAGCUCCUUCAGAACAAGCCAGGAGAGUUUUUCAAACCUAUGACCCAGAAGAUAAUGGAUUCAUACCUGAUUCACUUCUGGAAGAUGUGAUGAAAGCGUUGGACCUUGUUUCAGAUCCUGAAUAUAUAAAUCUCAUGAAGAAUAAAUUAGAUCCAGAAGGAUUAGGAAUCAUAUUAUUGGGUCCAUUUCUUCAAGAGUUUUUUCCUGAUCAGGGUUCCAGUGGUCCAGAGUCUUUUACUGUCUACCACUACAAUGGACUGAAGCAAUCGAAUUAUAAUGAAAAGGUCAUGUAUGUAGAAGGGACUGCAGUUGUUAUGGGUUUUGAAGAUCCCAUGCUACAGACGGACGACACUCCUAUUAAACGCUGUCUCCAAACCAAAUGGCCAUACAUCGAAUUACUCUGGACCACAGAUCGUUCUCCUUCACUAAACUAAUUUCCCCAAGUAUUUAUAAGGAAGAUCAGCAUAACAGAUGUUAAAGAGGCAUUCAAGACUGGCACCCAGCCAAAGUAAGCUCAACACUGAUAUCAUUGAUUAACUGUAAAUAACAAUUAAAAACACUUUUUCAGUGUUUAAGAUAUGUUUAAAUUAUUCUAAAGAUUUAUGUUAAAGGUUAUCUUAUUUUAACCCUUUGUGUGAAAUUUACUAGCAAAUUAAGCUUUAAUCAAAGUUCAUCACUUUUGCAGUCAGGUUAAUUGGUCAUUUACUUAUCAAAUAUACAAACAUUAUAGUACAGCAUUUAUAUAUUGCCUAUCAGAGUUAUCAUUUAUAAAUUUCUACUGUUGGGUUUUAUCUCAUCCAGGCACAUUUUAUUGUUUGAAUGAUUCUGGCUUUUAAUGUAUCGGCCUCCACACCGAAAUGCAGAGAAGAGGUGUUAUUUCUUGUCUACAGUAUCUUUGGCCCCAGAUCCUUUGGCUGUUGACUUAACUCUGGCAUGUUUACAAAAAGUAGAACUCUAAAGGAACAUUACCAUUUAUCCACAGAUGCAUAGGGGAUGUAUUUUAAUAAAACACUAGAAAAGAGAAUCUGAUAGUCUUAACACUGUUAACUUUUACUGCAUUGCCAAAUACACUUUUCCAAAUUUGUCCCCACAGCCCUGUAAGCCAGCUUCCUUGUAUAUUUAUAAAUGUGCUAAACGCAUGAGAACAUCUGUUAUUACCUUAGUAUAUUGCAUUAUUUAUUAUGACCCAAGUUGAUGGCCUCAAUAAAGAAUUUUUUUCUUUA